CAGAUUGCUACAGUUUGAUUGCUCUCCAAUUCAAGAUGUUCAAGGCAGUUUUCGUAUUAGCUUUGUGUGUUAUUGUGAAAGCUCAAAAUGGCGAGAGGGCAGAAACCAAUGUUCAAGGACAUAAUGUUGAUCAAAAGAAAAUCCUUGCCUUAUUUGAAACGUCAGAACUAAGCAAAGAAUCUCGUAAUUCACAGAAGAGUUUUAUUGCACCAUUAAGCAAGCCUGAUUGCUGUCCAUCUCGAAAAGAAUUAGUUACCAAUGUUCAACUAGGGAAGGAAGUUUGUGACGUCAUUUUCCCUAUAACCAAGCCUGCUUACAAGACAGUAUGCCUGUGUGACAAGUGUGCAAAACACUGCAACACCAAACCAUGGUACGGAUGUAGAGUAGCCAAAUGGUCGCUUGUGAAGCUAUAUGUAUGCUGUGACGUGUCCCAAAUUUGUAAAAUUGUUAAGAUUGGUGUGCCCACUGGAAAUUGUGAUUGCAUGGCACAAUUUUUUCCUGUUCCUGAUCCAAUUGGUGUCCCAGUUAAGGGUAAAUAGAAGCUAAUCUCUAAUGGUAUGAUGCAAACAUUGGAUGACCCGUAAUAUUUGUUAACCUUCAUUUUUCGCUAACAAUUGAAAUGUGAAUCGUACCACUAGCUUAAUAAAAUUAUAAAAAAUCC